AUGGAUUUGGAAAAAAAUAUUUGCCUAUUUUAUGACCGAUGUAGACUGUGCCUUGAACAAUCAGGACUGUACAAUAUGUAUGAAGGAACUCACUUACCGAGAGAUAUUUUUAUUUGUACUGGUAUAAAGGUAUCCAUUACAGAUAAUCUGCCAGAGAAAAUUUGCAACAAAUGCUACGAUAUUAUAAAAAAGGCGAUUGAUUUUCGAGAUCUAUCAAUCAAAAAUGAUACACAUCUUAAAUCUUUAUUUGCUGACUUUCAAACCGACGAGAUUGGUGAAGAUUUAACUGACAUAAAAGUUGCAACUUCACAAACCGAAAACAAAUAUUCCGUUAAAAGCAUCCAGAGUGAAAAUCCAAAAAAUGCAAAUGAGGAUGUGAAAUCACAUGGAUCAGAAAUUGAAACUGGUUCAACAAGAUCAUUAAGUAAAAUAUCAAUAAGAAAAGAUUUAUUUUCACAUCCAGGAAAGGUUUCGCACUCCAUCACAUAUAGUGUGCAAGAUAGCAAUGGAAUAAAAAGGAUGAAAGGUGAGAAAACAGAAGUUCUGGAGUAUAAAUGUGGGGUAUGCUCAAAGAAAUAUGAUACUUGGAAAAAGUUAUAUUUACAUGUGCGACUACACAAUAAAAAUAUUAUCUGCCCACUAGACGCGUGUGAUAAAAAGUUUGCAACCAAGGGCGACUUGGAGAAGCAUAUACGCACUCAUACAGUUAAAGUGAUACAACGUCGUUGGAAAAAUUUAAGAGCAUGUUUUUCGAGGGAGCUUCGUUGUCAAAAAGACGUAAAAUCAGGGCAAGCUGCACCUAAACGAAAACGAUACGUGUACUUUGAUAAGUUACUGUUUUUGGUACCUUCUAUGGAGCCAGGGAGAGAAACCUCAAGUAACGUGACAUCGCUUGACGAAGAAGCAAUAAGUGAGAACGAUUCUUCUACACCAGCAAUAACACGACCAACAAAAGAAAAGAAGAAGAAUAAAAGUUACGAAGAAUCUUUAUUAGAAAUAUUAAGAGAUAAAACCAACCACCAAGACAUUAAGACACCACCAGACUCAGACAAUUAUUUCGCGUUAUCAUUGGUUCCAUUAUUAAAGUCAAUUCCACCAGAUCAGAAAAUUGAUGCACAGAUUGCGAUUUUGAACACCCUAAAAUAUUAUACAUAA